AUGAGCCAGCAACUGAAUAUCAAGUCUGGUGGUGACAAGGGGGGCUUCAGUGGGCACUCGGCGGUGGUGCUGAGGAAGGGUGGGGGCAGUGCAGCUUCUUACCGUGCACCCAGCAAAGGAGCUGGUGCUGCAUUUGGAAGCCGAAGCCUUUACAGUCUCUGUAGAGGAGAUCUCUGUAUUCCCCUCAAGGUGGCUGGCAGCAGUGUUCGGACUGGAGGUUACAACUUCAGGCUUGGCUCUGGGUAUGGAGGGGGCCGGGCCAGCGGCUUUGCCAGCAGUAUGUUUGGCAGUAUGGUCCUGGGGCCUGUGUGCCCAUCCAUGUGCCCACCUGGGGGCAUCCACCAGGUCACCGUCAACAAGAGUCUCCUGGCUCCCCUCAAUGUGGAGCUGGACCCGGAGAUCCAGAAGGUGUGCACCCAGGAGCGGGAGCAGAUCAUGGCACUGAACAACAAGUUUGCCUCCUUUAUUGACAAGGUGAGGUUCCUAGAGCAGCAGAACCAGGUCCUGGGGACCAAGUGGGAACUGCUGCAGCAAUUGGACCUGAACAACUGUAGGAAAAACCUGGAGCCCAUCCUCGAGGGCUACAUCGGCAACCUGCGGAAGCAGUUGGAGAUGCUGUCCGGGGACCGGGUGAGGCUGGACUCGGAGCUGAAGGGCAUGCGGGACCUGGUGGAGGACUACAAGAAGAGGUAUGAGGUGGAGAUUAAUCAGCGCACAGCAGCUGAGAACGAUUUUGUGGUGCUCAAGAAGGAUGCAGAUGCAGCCUACAUGGUCAAAGUGGAGCUCCAGGCCAAAGUGGACUCUCUGGACAAAGAUAUCAAGUUCCUUAAGUGUCUGUAUGAUGUGGAGGCGGCCCAGAUCCAGACUCACACCAGCGAGACCUCUGUCAUCCUGUCCAUGGACAACAACCGUGACCCGGACUUGGACGGCAUCAUUGCCGAGGUUCGAGCCCAGUACGAGGACAUCGCCCUGAAGAGCAAGGCUGAGGCUGAGGCGCUGUACCAGAGCGAGAUCCAGGAGCUGCAGCUGGCGGCCGGCCGGCACGGGGACGACCUCAAACACACCAAGAACGAGAUGUCGGAACUGAACCGGCUCAUCCAGAGGAUCCGCUGUGAGAUUGCAAAUGUGAAGAAGCAGUGUACCAAUCUGGAGACGGCCAUCGCUGAUGUCGAGCAGCGGGGAGACAGUGCCCUGAAGGAUGCCCGGGCCAAGCUGAAUGAGUUGGAAGCUGCCAUGCACCAGGCCAAGGAGGAGUUGGCUCGGAUGCUGCGUGAAUACCAGGAGCUCAUGAGCCUGAAGCUGGCCUUGGACAUGGAGAUCGCCACCUACCGCAAGCUGCUGGAGGGCGAGGAGUGCCGGAUGUCUGGGGAGAAUCCCUCCUCUGUGAGCAUUUCCGUCGUCAGCAGCAGUGCAAGCAGCUUCAGCUCCCACCCUGGCUCCUCGGCCAGCACUGACCUUGGGGUCAGCACCAUGGCCAGCACAGCGACCAGCAGCUCCAGCAGCACCAGAAGCGGGCAGACCAGGGCUAAAGGGGCACGAGUGGGAGACCCCAAGGACUCCCAAGACAAGAGCGCCCCAGUCAGCGACCGGGCAAGGAAAGCUGCCCGGUAA